CGCCCACGGCUCGGGUAGAAUCGCGCGGGGGAGCGAGGCAAAGAAAGAGGGAAGCCAAGGAAGAUCGCGUGCGGAGCUCGGGGAGCUUGUCAUCCCCGUGCUCGCAGCCGCCGCGGCGACCUGGCUACCCGGGAGAUGCAAGCAGGGUCCUUGCAGUCGGCCGGCGCGCUGCGAGAUCUCCCGGCCGGGCCGGGCGCCCUUCGUUUCACUCCGCGCGCGAGCUGCCCCGCUCCCGGCGCUGCUUGAUUCGUCGCGGGAGAAACCGGUGCACUCCUGCAGUCCUGAACCAGCGAUCACCUGGGACAAAAACAAUGAUUCCACCAGGAGAGUGUAUGUAUGCUGGGAGGAAAAGAAGAAAACCUAUUCAGAAACAAAGGCCGGCUGUGGGGAAUGAAAAAUCCAAUCCUUCUAAAAGGCACCGAGAUCGUUUGAAUGCAGAGCUUGAUCAUCUUGCCAGUCUAUUGCCUUUUCCACCUGACAUCAUUUCCAAGCUGGACAAGCUUUCAGUCUUACGCCUCAGUGUCAGCUAUCUCAGGGUGAAAAGCUUCUUUCAAGCUAUUCAGGAGCAACACUUUAGGACCCAUGGUGACCACCCAGUGAAAGAAGAUCACCUCCCCACUGGAAUUGCCAUGCCAGAAGGAGGACUCUUGCUAGAAUCUCUUAAUGGAUUUGCUCUGGUGGUGAGUGCAGAAGGCAUGAUAUUUUAUGCGUCAUCAACGAUUGUGGACUACUUGGGCUUUCAUCAGACUGAUGUAAUGCACCAAAACAUAUAUGAUUAUAUUCAUGUGGACGACCGCCAAGAUUUCUGCAGACAGCUUCACUGGGCCAUGAAUCCUCCCCAGAUGGUAUUUGGGCAGCCAUUACAGUCAGAAACAGGAGAAGAAUACAUACUUGAUAAGCUGCUUAAAGCCCAAGAAUGUGACAGCAUGUCAACAGAAUACUCUUCCUUCCUAACCCGUUGUUUCAUCUGUCGAGUUCGCUGCCUGCUGGAUAGCACUUCUGGUUUUCUGACAAUGCAGUUUCAAGGAAAGCUCAAGUUUCUGUUUGGACAAAAGAAAAAGACCCCUUCAGGAACGCUCUUACCUCCACAGCUUUCGUUGUUUUGUGUGGUGGUACCAAUCCUCCUCCCGUCUGUGACAGAAAUGAAAAUGAAAAAUGUGCUUCUGAGAGCCAAGCAGAAAGCUGAUGUGGCAGCCUCUACGGACGCCAAAGCAAAAGCUACUGCAGGUCUAUGUGAAUCUGAACCACAAGGAAGAACACAUUACCAAGGAGUAAAGAAUAAUGGGGAAAAUGGUGUUUCUAUGUUCAAAGUACAAGCAAAUGAUGAUCAUUGGGUCUGGGUACAAGCCAACGCUCAACUCCUCUACAGGAGUAGUUGUUCUGACUAUCUCCUAAACUCACAGACAGUGGCAAGCAAUAGGGAAGAGGAAGAACAUUUGAAAAUGUCAAGCAGUACAACCAAUGGGAAAGGACGAAGAGAAGCACUAAUGUAUAAUUGUUCCAUUGAAACAUUGGGACCCAUGAAGCAUUUGAAUUGGACAGCAGAAAAACAUGAUCAGGAUGGUAUAAAACUGAAGUUUGAACCAAAUAAAACUGACAAAUGUUUUUUACAAGAGGAAACCCUAAGUUCUUGCAUGCCCUAUCCAGCUGUCCAAAACACAUGUAAUACAAACAAUAUUUCUACCUUCAGAAGUUCAUCCAAUUCUCAAGCUAUGAAUUCACCUCUAAGUGCCUAUCCCAACCGAAUAAUCAGACCUUUCUAUAAUGGAGAUCAGAGUCAUUUAAACCCUCCAUCCGGUUGCCAUCCCCAUCAAGGUGGGAUUGAGAAUUGUCAGACUUGCCCAGGCUUUCAACAUCUUGCUGUGGGAAGCUAUUCUUCAGAAAAUGUUAAAUUGCAAAGUGCAUUGCUACCCCCAGAAACUCUGUACAAUCAAAUGUUACCUUUAGAUAUACCCAUCAAGAUGGAAAAUGAUUCUGAUUCUGAUAAUGGAAUUGAUGGCUACCCCAUGUCACAAAACCAGGUGUGGCUAGGGGAGAGCAGUAUGGUCAAGAGACAUCUUAUUAGCUUCCCCAACAGGGUGCACUUUAAAACAGAACCAGAUUUCACCGAGCACUUGUCUUCUUGUGAAAAUCCCAAGCAUUAUGGUUAUUCCCCUCACCAUGGACAGUGUGUUGUGAGCACUCAUCCCAACAAUAGAGCCAUUGGUAGAUCUGGUAAAGAGAUCACACCAUUUUACUCACCAAACUGUGCCUAUCUGGACCGCAUGCAUGGCCUACAAGACACAGAAUAUUACAACCACUUGUAUAGUCCCAGUUCCACAAAUAUGAAGGGACAUCCUGAGCAUCAGCCUUAUAAGCUACAGUGUGAUUUUAAAGCUCCUGGAAUGGUCCAGAUGAUCAAGCGUGAACCUUUGGAUUCUCCUCCAUGGGCUGGUCAUGGCCAAAAUGGUGUUCAAGUGAUUUUUCCUAAAAAUGCCUUAUCAACCCUGAUGCCUCAUAAAGCUACAGAAUGCACGUUCUUACAAUAGUCUCAUAGCCAUUUCUAAUGUUUUUAAAAAGCUGUGCCUAUUUUUUUUCAAAGUGGUGUCCGACAUUUUCAAAUGUAUUCCCUCCAACUCAUGGGUUGGCUUGAAUUGUUUGUUCUGAGUCUGGAGGCCUGCCAAAGAGUGAAUUUCCUUUAUAUGAUACACUUAGAUUGUCAGAAUAUGUUUGAAGCCUUUUUUUCAAUAUGGUCUUCUUUGCAGUAUUGCACGAUUUCAGCUCUGUUUGAUAUCAGAAUGCCCGGUAUUAAGAAUGCUUAAUCUGUGUGGUUUUAAGUACAAAAUAUAUUCAAAUAUAUCUGUAUUUUCUUUGAAGUAUUAGAACUAGUGCUAAAAAGAACUAGUGCUCUUCUGCAUAAACACACAAAAGCCAAUUCUUAUUUAUCUCUGAUAAUUGGACCACGGCAACAUGGAAAACUGAAUUCUUUUAGGCAAUAGAGUCAAACACUUCCCACAGCAACCUUUUCCUAAUAACAUUUCUUUGGAUUCACCAAUUCUGCUUCCUUUUUUUUUUUUUUUUUUUUUUUCUAGCCAUCUCCUGUCAGUAAUACCAAAUUAGCACCAAGAAAAGGUAGGCAGAAAGAGAAACAAAAGAAUCAGAAAGAUAUGACUAACUGGGUGGUGAGAUGGAGUACAGUUUACUAUAUUUAAAAAUAACUUUAAGCUCUAUUCUUGGAAAUGAUUUGUAAUUUGUAGAAGGAUCAGCAUUAGGUAAAAAAGUGUUAAUGAGUCAUAACAUUACCUUGCUGUUUAAUACACAGUCACCACCAUCAGGCUAAUUGUUGAAAGUAUAUGUGGAAUGUUACUAAAGUAAGACAGCCAAGACUAAAUGUUGCUUCAAGAAAUCCAUCAAGGACUUUUAGUGGAUAGAUUUAAAGGGCUAUGGAAAAAAAUGAGGUGCUCUUGUUCUUAUUAGUAAUAAAGUUUGAGGUGAAUUAUAUAGAUAUAUGGAAUUUUAUUGUAUACCAGUAGAAUCUAUUACAGAAUACUAAAAAUUUGGUCAGGCAGCACAACAAAAUGGAUAAAAGACUGGUCUUAGAGGCAGUAAGACCUAAGUUCAAGACCUACCCCUGCUAAUAUAACUCUAAAAUAAACAUUUAAAUCUUUGUGUUCCCCCAGGAAACUCCCUAAGAGUCUAAGUUUCAAAUAAAUUAAGGAUUUGCAUCAAUGCAAAGAAUUUCUUAAUUGAAUGAAAUGACUACAGGUCUGGACAGCACCCCAAGUAUUGUUGCAUCUAUCUAUUGCCUAAUACUUUAGGAUUCCAGUCCUAAUCCAAAGAA